CAAGACCAAACCAAAACCAAACACAAAAUGUCCCGCCUCAUCCUCGUCCUCCUCACCCUCCUCACCCUCGCCCUCGCGGCGCCCCCGCAACCCUGGUACGAAAAAUACCAGCAACGCCGGGUGAUGGUCCCCCAAUCCUACUACGAAGGCCUCUCCCUCCGCCGCCAAAAACCCAUCAACCCCAACUCCGUCCGCGACGUCGUCUGCCUCGACACCUCCACCCGUUUCGUCCUCUACGACGAAUACGCCGCCUCCCUCGCCAUCUGCGGUUCCAUCGCGGGCCCGCUGGCCACACGCUGCGGCGGUAGCCCCGCCGAGACGGUCGGCCGCUCGGGCAAGGCUGUCUUUGAGCUGCAGGCGACGGAGCGCGCCGCGGGAGCCACCAUCAAUGUGUCCAAGGACCGGUGGGCGCGCUGCGUGGCCGCGGCGCGCGAGGCGUGUCCGCAGGGGAGCUUUGAGGGGGUUUGUGUGGGUGGGGCGACGAAGGGGGAUGUGAAGUUUCGGUUGGGGAGUGUUUGAAUGUUGAGAUUUUGUUGUGUUUUGUUUUGUUUUGUUUUGCUUUGGGGGUGGGGGUGGUUUUCUUUGGUUGUCUUGUUUUUGGGCUGGAGUAAAGGGGUGGUUGGGUUGGGUUGGUUGGCUUGACGGCGUUCGACUGGGUUUUGGGAAUCUGUCUUGUCUUGUGAUGGCUGGGCAAGUCUGGUUAAGAGGUAGAUCCUCUGGGGCAUAGAUAAACUAUGAGAAAGGGGAGGACCAAAGAGUCCUCCGAGAUGAUCACAUCUUGUGCCCAUGAGCAGACCAAGAGAGUGCCCAUCUUGCCUAGAGUCGAGCAGCCCGACUCGUAGGAUGGUGAGGAUAGUGGUGCAAAACCGUUGUUUCUGGAUUCAAAAACAAUAAAUGGGUAUCAAACUGUAUGCCUCAGCAGCGGAACCACCCGCGUUCCCCAAUAUAUCCGCCUCAAACCUCC